AGCAAGCAAGCAAGCCGGCGUCAGGAGAAGGGAGAGGAGCCUGUCAAUGGGUGGGUGAGGGAGUGGGUCGUCCAAAGGGGUCGAGACGGAGGGGUUCUGCCAGCGCCUUUGGAGGAGACGCAGCGCCGAAGCCGGGAGGAGCCUUGGCAAAGAUGUCAAAUAAUCUUUGCACCAGGUAACAUUCCAUGCAUACCUUGCCUGUCAACUGGCAUUGGUCUUACAGAGUGAGUCUGGACCAAAGGAAAGUCUUCCCAUCCCAGCCAUGGCUGCAGCAAGGAAAGGUUUAAGCGCUUCUCCUCCGGAUGGUGGUUGGGGGUGGAUGAUUGUCAUCGGCUGCUUCCUCGUGACUAUCUGCACUAGAGCGGUGACAAGGUGCAUUUCGAUUUUUUUUGUAGAGUUCCAGACUUACUUUGCUCAAGAUUAUGCCCGGACAGCUUGGAUCCAUUCCAUUGUAGAUUGUGCUACAAUGCUUUGUGCUCCACUUGGGAGUUUUAUCAGCAACCACGUCUCAUGUCAGGUGGGCAUCAUGCUAGGAGGAUUGCUUGCAUCUGCUGGCCUUAUCUUGAGUUCCUUUGCCACAAGCCUGGAGCAUCUUUAUCUUUCCCUGGGAGUUCUUACAGGAUUGGGCUUUGCACUUUCUUAUUCUCCAGCCAUAGCGAUGGUGGGCAACUAUUUCCACAAGAGGAAGGCUCUCGCUUACGGGAUUGCCAUGUCUGGCAGUGGGAUUGGUACCUUCAUCCUCGCUCCUGUGGUGCAGCUUCUGAUUGAACAGUUUUCCUGGCGGGGAGCCUUACUCAUCCUCGGGGGCUUUGUUUUAAACCUCUGCGUCUGUGGUGCCUUGAUGAGACCUGUUGCAGGGAAGGAGGGCCGCAAGAACAUCCCGGAAUUUCCUGAGCAGGAGUUUGAGUCAGAAGCACCAAAGCAGGACUUCAAGAAGUGGUCCAUCUGCUCCCCCCUCAUCAAAGUCUGGUCGCACAAGUGCCUGUGCCCAUGUUCAUGGCAGGAAUACAGCUUUCUCCUGAUGCCAGAUUUUGUGGUGCUGGCAGGGUCAGUCUUAUUCAUGGCUUACGGAUGCAGCCCUCUCUUUGUUUACCUGGUGCCUUAUGCGCUGCGGGUCGGAGUGAGUCACCAGCAGGCAGCUUUCCUCAUGUCCAUCCUUGGGGUCGUUGACAUUAUCGGCAACAUCACUUUUGGAUGGCUCACGGACAGAAGGUGUUUGAAAAAGUACCGCUACGUUUGCUACCUCUUUGCAGUGGCCAUGGAUGGCUUCUGCUGUCUCUUUCUUCCAGUUCUCCAAAAUUUUCCGCUCCUCGUGCCUUUUUCAUUCACCUUUGGGUAUUUCGAUGGCGCCUAUGUCACAUUAAUCCCAGUGGUGACAGCAGAUGUGGUGGGCACCACUUCCUUGUCAUCAGCACUUGGCGUGGUGUACUUUCUUCAUGCAAUACCCUACCUGAUUAGCCCUCCGGUUGCAGGUUGGCUUGUUGAUACAACGGGUAACUACACUGCAUCAUUCCUGCUCUGUGGAUUUUCCAUGAUAUUCAGUUCAACAUUGCUCUGCUGUGCAAGACUAGCAAAGAAAGUCAAACGGACUCCCUUGAAGCCUCCUGGCAGAGAUGCCGAUGCCAAGCAACCAAGAUGGACAAAUGGAGCAAUACUUUAUUCUGUGACGGGAGAACUGGAUCACAAAGAUGUGGAACUGCUGGCUAAUGUGACAAACAGCCAUUGCAAGAGAUGACAACUUACCAAAAAUUCCCCUUAGGGCACACUAUAAACAUUUGCCAAGAUAGAUUUUUGCUACCUACACUAUGCUAUUGAAGAUUUUUUUUCCUCCUAGCAGCAGGAAUGAUAG